AUGGCUCCUGCAGGCUCUCGGAACGGAGGACGUGCGCAUGCGUUCAAUGCGCGCACGCGCGCUUCGCGUGAAAAAAAACGACAGGCAGAUACGCGUGAAAUUGAGGGCCUGAAUGCUGCGUGUGCAUCGCUAGACCUCGCCGCCGAGGACUCAGCGUUUGCCAAGCUGCCUCUCUCGCAGCGCACACGCCAAGGUCUCAAGCGUGCUGGAUUUAUUGAUAUGACGCCCAUUCAGCACGCAUCCUUGCCCAAGACGCUGAAUGGCCGCGAUGUCCUUGGCGCUGCACGUACUGGUUCCGGCAAGACGUUGGCGUUCUUGCUGCCUGUACUGGAGCGCCUGUAUCGCCAGCGUUGGUCCAACAGCGAUGGACUGGGUGCCCUGAUCAUCUCACCUACACGUGAGCUGGCUAUGCAGAUUUUCGAUGUACUGCGUAGCAUUGGUGGCUCGCAUACCUUCUCGGCCGGCUUGGUCAUUGGCGGCAAGGACCUCAAGCACGAACAAGACCGAUUGCGCAAGAUGAACAUUCUUGUCGCCACGCCUGGUCGUUUGCUACAGCACUUGGACCAGACUGUCGGCUUUGAUGCGUCUCAUUUGCAAGUCCUUGUUCUGGACGAGGCCGAUCGCAUUUUGGAUAUGGGGUUUGCCAACACCCUCAAUGCUAUUCUUGAGCACCUACCGCCGAAUCGGCAAACGCUGCUCUUCUCUGCGACACAGACCCGCAAGGUGAAGGACUUGGCUCGACUGAGUCUGCGGGAGCCUGAGUACGUCGCUGUACGCGAUACAGACGAAGCGACAACGACACCGCAGCACUUGGAGCAGUACUACAUGAUCGUGUCGCUCCCGCAGAAACUCGAUAUGCUUUUCUCCUUCUUGCGCACACAUACCCAAUGCAAGGUGCUUGUAUUUAUGAGCUCAUGUCGCCAAGUUCAAUUUGCGCAUGAAGUCUUUUGCCGCCUGCGUCCAGGUUUGCCGUUGAUGGCCUUGCAUGGCAAGCAGAAACAAACACGACGUCUAAAAAUCUUCUCGGAUUUCUCGCGCAGUAAGCACGCGGCUCUUUUUGCCACGGACAUUGCUGCGCGUGGCCUUGACUUUCCAGCCGUCGACUGGGUCGUUCAAGUCGAUGCGCCUGACUCCUCGGAUACGUACAUUCACCGUGUAGGUCGGACGGCACGGUACCAAGCACAUGGCAAGGCGCUUCUAUUUGUGCUUCCGAGUGAGCAGCAGGGUCUAUUGUCGACUUUGGAACGUGUGGAUGUGCCCAUUUCCGAGAUCAAAGCGCGCGAUACGAAGCUGCAAAGCGUUGCUCCACAACUUCAGUCCUUCUUGUUCCAGGAUGUGGAGCUGAAACAUUUGGCCCAAAAAGCGUUUGUCUCGUACGUGCGCUCUGUGCAUCUGCACAAGGACAAGGAGACGUUUGAUGUCAUGUCACUGCCGCUGAAUGAAUACGCUGCUGCGUUGGGUCUGCCAGGUGCGCCGAAAAUCAAGAUGGUUAAGGAGGCUCAAAUGAAAGCACGUGCUGCGCAACGACAAGCCCUGGCCGAGGCGCAUGCCCUAGCGCAGGCGUCCAGCAGCCACGAGGGCAGCAGCGACAGUGAUCGCACGGACUCGGACUCAGACUCAGACUCAGACUCGGGCUCGGGCUCGGACUCUGACACGGCUGCGCCGACACGUGUGCGUACUAAGCAUGACCGUCUCUUUGGCCGGCAAAAUCAGACGGUGCUUAGCCAACAUUAUGCGUCGAUGCUCGCGAGCGAUAGUGAGGAGGAUGGCUUUGAUGUGCCUGGCGGCGACGAGGACGGGGGCGAUUUGCUUACCCUGUCACGACCUGACCAUGAACUGGAAGAGGCACCCAAUGAGCUACCUUCCUCGCAUCUAUCAAAGCGGCAGCUUCUUCGCGGCGCUAGCAAGAAAGCGAUGGCCGCCGCUGGUUUGCGUGGCUCCGGUGAUCGUGUCGUCUUUGACGACGAAGGCAAUGCCCGUUCGCUGUAUGAGCUGCAGGAUGAACAUGCCUUCCAUGCACAAGGCGAUGUGCGUGCGCAAAUUGAGCAACAUGCUGAGGCAGAGCGGGCACGUAUGGCUGAGGCCGAUGUGAUCGAUAAGGACCGCGCGAAGCAGAAGCGGCAAGAAAAGCGCCGCCGGAUGAAGGAAAUCGAACGGAUGCAGGCCGAAAUGCAUGGCAAGCGCCCUGCGUCGUCCCAUGUCGCUAUGGAAGGCGAAUGGGACUCGGACGAUUCCUACGACGGACCAGGUCUGGCCGAUCUCGUGUUGCCAGGCGAAGAAGAAGCGGCGACGCCGUCAGAGGCCAAGCCACGCAAACGCGCACGGACAGAGGCGUCUGCACACGACGAUUUGGCUUCGCAAGAAGCGUUGGCUCUGCGCUUGCUGGGCGCCAGCUCGUAA